AUGACCGACUCGCAACCAAACCGCCAGCUGCACCUCACGGCCUUCAUGCGGCCAGUCUCGCUGCACACAGGUGCAUGGCGUUAUCCGGGCUCAUACCCCGACGCUAACUUCAAUUUUAAACACAUCGCCCAGCUCGCCCAAAAGCUAGAGGCCGCUAAAUUCGAUGCCUUCUUCAUGGCUGAUCACCUGGCCGUGCUGAACAUGCCCGUAGAUGCUCUCAAGCGCAGUCACACAGUUACUUCAUUCGAACCUUUUACUCUGCUCUCCGCUCUCUCUUCCGUGACGGAGAAGAUUGGUCUUGCUGCCACUGCUAGUACGACAUACGACGCGCCGUAUCAUGUCGCCCGGCGGUUUGCCAGUCUGGAUCAUCUGAGUAACGGGCGAGCGGCGUGGAAUAUUGUGACUACCGGAAACCCGGAAUCGAGUCAUAAUUUCGGCUUCGAUGAGCAUCUGGCGCAUGGUGAUCGGUAUAAGCGUGCUCGUGAAUUCUAUGAUGUUGUUACCGGGCUGUGGGAUAGUUUUGCCGAUGAUGCCUUUACUCGCAAUGUCGAGACGGGAGAAUAUUUUGAUCCAGCCAGAAUGCACGUUCUAAACCAUUCUGGCGACGAGUUGAAGGUUCGAGGGCCAUUGAAUAUUGCCAGGCCACCGCAGGGAUGGCCGGUAAUUGUUCAGGCAGGACAAAGCGAGCCCGGACGACAGCUUGCGGCUGAGACUGCAGAGGUUGUGUUUUGCAGUCCGAAGGAUAUUGACGGCGCGAAGGCACUCUAUGCGGAUAUCAAGGGCCGAGUGGAGAAGGCGGGACGGAAGAGAGAUCAAUUGAAGAUCUUACCCGCGGCAAUGAUUAUUGUUGGGGAUAGCAAGCAAGAUGCGCAGGAAAAGAGACUCAAAUUGGAUAGUCUGGUGCAUUACGACAGUGCCAUUGCUUCUUUGUCAAUCUCACUCGGGGUGGAUGUCAGUGACUUUGAUCCGGAUAGUUUGUUGCCGGACGACCUGCCCGAGACGAAUGCGAGCAAGACGAGCAGGGAGGCUGUUGAAAACCUGGCCAAGAAGGAGGGACUGACGAUCCGCCAACUUGCGCAACGAUAUGGUGGAUACUCAGGGCUGGCAUUCCUCGGUUCGCCAAGCGAUAUCGCCGAGGAACUGGAGACGUGGUUGCGUGAAGAGGCUUCUGAUGGCUUCACGAUCACGUUUCCGUUCUUGCCGCAGGGUCUGGAAGAUGUUACGGAUAGAUUGAUUCCUGAACUCCAGCGGAGAGGCCUUUUCCGCAAGGACUAUACGGGCUCGACACUGCGUGAACACUUCGGCCUGGAGAGACCCGAGAAUCGUUUCUUUAGUGAGGAAUCGUAA